ACUGGAGGACCCACGAAGAGAAAUCGACCCGAAGGAAAAGUACGAUUCAGGCCUCGCCUGCCUGGGCUCCACCUCCCCCGGGCCCAUCUCCCAAGGUCCUGGCCGCCGGACCCCGCCUUCUAGACCCCGCCUCCAAGGGCCCCGCCCCACUUUUCUCCUGGCCCCGCCCCGGCCCGUCGCCAUGUUGUUCCCUCCGCGCUGGACGGGAGCAGCUGGAGCUGGAGCCUGGCUGCGCUACCGCCGCUGCCUCCUGCUCUGCAGGUUCCCGACCCACCUCUCUGUCUUCAUAGCACCCAGACGGGCCGGGCCAGAGCUCCCGGGCAGUCUUCUGUGUGUCCGCGAGACACUUUUGCACUCCUAUAAUGAGCCUGGCACUGUGAUGAAACGCUUUUCCUCUGUCGUUUGAGUGCAUCUUCUCAACAACCCUAGGAGGGUUCUUGAAGCUCUUGUGAUUAACAAUGGCAGGAAAAUCAUCACUUUUUAAAGUAAUUCUCCUUGGAGAUGGUGGAGUUGGGAAGAGUUCACUUAUGAACAGAUAUGUAACUAAUAAGUUUGAUACCCAGCUCUUCCAUACAAUAGGUGUGGAAUUUUUAAAUAAAGAUUUGGAAGUGGAUGGACAUUUUGUUACCAUGCAGAUUUGGGACACGGCAGGUCAGGAGCGAUUCCGAAGCCUGAGGACGCCAUUUUACAGAGGUUCUGACUGCUGCCUGCUUACUUUUAGUGUCGACGAUUCACAAAGCUUCCAGAACUUAAGUAACUGGAAGAAAGAAUUCAUCUAUUACGCAGAUGUGAAAGAGCCUGAGAGCUUUCCUUUUGUGAUUUUGGGUAACAAGAUUGACAUAAGCGAACGGCAGGUGUCUACAGAAGAAGCCCAAGCUUGGUGCAGGGACAACGGCGACUAUCCUUACUUCGAAACAAGUGCAAAAGAUGCCACAAACGUGGCAGCAGCCUUUGAGGAAGCGGUUCGAAGAGUUCUUGCUACCGAGGAUAGGUCAGAUCACUUGAUUCAGACAGACACAGUCAACCUUCACCGAAAGCCCAAGCCUAGCUCAUCUUGCUGUUGAUUGUUAGAUUGUUGAUGCAUUCUAAUCAACUCACACAUAUACACAAAAUCAACAUGGGGAUGGAGAAGAGAAUUAGCGUUUGCAGCAGUGUAUCAUCUACUAAUAAAAUUAAAGUAAAUUGCUGCUUCAUUAGUUGGUGGGAGAAGGGACACAUCUACUCAUGGAGGAAUAUAUUUACUCAGUAAUGGCACCUUCCAUUUAUAAAUUGUAACGGUUGUCUAAUAACAUUUCUUUAAUUUAAAUACGUAAGUUGCAGAGCUAAUAAAUGAGAUGACCAAGACUUUAAUGAUAAUUAAAAUAAGAAACUUGACUAUUCUAGAAGUUAUACUUGGAUUUUUUUUUCCUGGGAAAAUGGAGAACUACUUUUAUAUGUGUAUGUUUUUAUGCAAUUAGCAUUGUAUUCUUGGUUCAGGGAAAUAAUUUCCUAAAGCAAUAAUGUUAGAUAUUAAAGAUUAAAAUCUAAUGUAUUUGC